UAGAGAAAUAUAACCAUCCUUACAAAAUGCCACACGAUGUGUGCCUUGUGCUAUUGCUAUUUGUUGUUCUUGCAAAUCUUGAAACUACAAUAUCAAUCCAUCAUAGUCAUCCAAGUAUGAGAGUUUUAUCCCGAAAUAUGAGCUCUUCAUUCACCAGUGCUGAUCCAGUAAGAAUUGAGGCAUCAACUGAAUCAAACCUUGUACAAAAUUAUGCAAGAUAUAGAGCAGACAGCCCCCCUACUGGUGGAUAUACAGGUGGCAUGGCAACUAUAGAUGUUUACAGUCACCAAUAUAUAAAGAGCGGAGAAGUAACUGCUGCAAUAAUGUGGGUGUCAAAUGGCAAGACUGACCAGCUGAGUGACUUAAAUGAUAUACAAGCUGGAUGGGCGGUUGAUCCAUCCAGCUAUGGAGACAACAAGACACACUUUUUUGUAUAUUGGACGGCUGAUGGAUACAAAUCCACUGGAUGCUUUAACCUGGACUGUAAUGGUUUUGAACCAGUGAAUGAUGCUCCUAUCACACCAGGAGAUAUUUUAGAACCAGAAAAUGGCCACUCUAAAAUAUCAUUCAAGAUAUUUAAGAAUAAAGAUGAUGGAGAUUGGUGGCUACACUUUGGAUAUGACAUAAACAACCUGAAACCCGUUGGAUUUUGGAAGAAAAGUAUAUUCACCAACUUGCAGGAUCACGCUGGAUUCAUAACCUGGGGUGGUUAUACUAGGAGUCCCAAUGGAAAUGCAAGUCCUCCCAUGGGCAAUGGGCAAUGGCCUGGAAAAAACUCAGCAAGUGUUCAAAAUGUUCAAUUUGUUGAUUCUACUGGCCAGGGAUAUGCACUACCGGCUUGGGCUCUUCAUGUCUCUAUAAGCAACAAGAAAUGCUACCAACUUAGCACCUUUUUUGAUAGCAUGUUCUACUACGGGGGUCCAGGCGGUUGCACUGAUUAGCAACCUUCAACAUUUGAAGCACCCAUAUAGCUUCUCUAAUGAAAUAAAGAGCUUCUUUGCCAAGGCUAUAUAGCUUAUCACCAGUUUUUUUCCCGAUAACCUUGUCACCAGUCUUGUAUCAUCCUCUAUUCAAAUCUAAUGACUGUCAUAUACCUCUAAGUGUUUGGCUCGCCAUAUGUAAUAUUAUCAUAUUGCGGAGAGUAUAUGAUUCCUUCCGGUCUUGUUCAUGUACAA